GCUACACAAAGUUUUGGAUUCCAGAUUCCAAUCUCAAGUUGCGAUAUUGUUUAGGAGUACUAUAGAUUUGGUGGAGUAUAAAAUAGCAGCUUCGUUUGCAAAACCUUUGCUGCUCUUGAACGACUCGUUCCCCUACUGGCCUGCUGGAUUGUUUGUACGUCAUCGGGACACGAGCACAUGCACGUGAUGCACAGGCAUUCUUAAUCCGGGUCGAGGCAUCGAGAGCAAGCACGUACUACCUGCGAGUGGCGACGACGCACGCGCGCGAUGCCGGAGCAGAGCAAGAGGCAGCGAGGCCGCAAGCGCACGGCGGCAGCGACGCUGCUCCUCGCGUACGCGGCCCUGGCCAUGGAGCGCGCCGACGCGGCGCUGCUCCCUGCGGUGUACAGGGAGAUCGGCGCCGCGCUGCAGACCUCGCCCACCGCGCUCGGCUCCAUCGCGCUCUCCCGCUCCGUCGUGCAGGCCGCGUGCUACCCCCUCGCCGCAUACCUGGCCGCCCGGCACGACCGCCUCACCGUCAUCGCCCUCGGCGCGUUCCUCUGGGCCGCUGCCACCUUGCUCAUAGGCCUCUCCACCACCUUUGCGCAGAUGGCCGUGACGGCGGCGUUGAACGGCGUCGGGCUGGCGUUGCAGAUCCCGGCGAUCUUCGCCUUCGUCGCGGACUCCGUCGAUGGCACGAACAGGGGCAUGGCCUUCGGGUGGCUCAUGGUGGCCAGCAAGGCCGGCACCGUGGGCGGCACCACCCUUGGCCUACUCAUGGCGCCCACCUCCUUCUUUGGUGUUCCGGGUUGGCGGCUCGCCUUCCUCCUGCUGGCCGCCGUGGGGGCGGCGGUCGGCUUGUCCAUCCGCGCGUUCGCGGCCGCCAGCAAGGCCCCGGUCCGGGCCGCCAAGCCGGUGCGGCAGGAGCUGCAGGACUUCGCGAGGGAGGCGAAGGCCGUGCUACGGAUCCCGUCGUUUCAGGUCAUCGUCGCGCAGGGACUCACGGGUUCGUUCCCCUGGUCCGCGCUGUCCUUCACGGCUAUGUGGCUCGAGCUAGUCGGCUUCUCCCACGGCGAGACGGCGGCGCUGAUGACUCUGUUCAAGGUCGCCACGUCGCUGGGCGGCCUCUUCGGCGGCAAGAUGGGGGACGUCCUCGCCGGGAGGCUCAAGAACUCAGGCCGCAUCAUCCUCGCGCAGGUCAGCGCCGGCUCGGCGAUCCCCCUCGCCUGCGUCCUGCUGCUCGCGCUCCCGAACGAGCCGGCGACUUUCGCCCACCACGGCGCCGCGCUGUUCGUCAUGGGGUUCAUGGCCUCCUGGAACACCUCGGCCACCAACAGCCCGAUACUGGCCGAGAUCGUGCCGCCGCGGUCGAGGACGAGCGUGUACGCGCUGGACCGGACGUUCGAGGCCGUGCUCGCCUCGUUCGCUCCCCCGGUGGUCGGCAUGCUCGCCGAGCACCUCUACGGCUACAAGCUGGUGCGCUCUGCUGCGAGCGGCGCAGAGCACGCGGCCUCCGUCGAGACGGACCGGCACAACGCGAUCUCCCUCGCCAGGGCCCUGUACACCGCGAUCGCCAUCCCCAUGGCGCUGUGCUGCCUCGUCUACUCGUUUCUGUACUGCACCUAUCCCAGAGACAGAGACCUGGCGCGGGCUGAGACGGCGCGAGAUGGAGGUGGAGCCCGUCCCGGCGGCGAGGGGUCCGACAACGAGGAUGAAGGGGAGGAGGAGAGGGAGCUGCUGCCACAGUGAGCGUCGUUUGACUUACUACUAGUAGUGUUUUAUCUUUCUGAGAGCAUCUCCGACAGCCGCGCGACGCGCUAAAAGUCAGAAUACAGUGCCGGGUGAGCCAGGUUUUACGCGCGGCGGUGCGCUGGCUUCAGCGGCCGCCGUAAAAUAAAGCGCUCCCGAGCCGCUCCAGUAGACACGCUAUAUUUCAUUUUUUGAAGAGCAAUGAUAGUUCGGCACAUUGCCUGCUUGUACGAUA